CUGGCACAUAGAGAAACAGUCCAAGAACAUUCUUGUGAUACUAGACCCAAAUAACGCGCGCGGGGUGGAAUAUGCCUGUGUACCUUGAUGUUUUUGUUGUGAGCAUUAUGAUCUCAGCACGUACAAAUGGGUCGCAUGAUACCACACUACUACAAAGACGGAUGGCUAUUACCAUUUUGAUUGCUCUGGGAAAUAGGCUCUCCAAAGUAUUAUUACAAGCACCAAUGGAAUGCUGUAAAGUGUAUCACGUACCAUUUUUAUGAGCCAUGAGAGAAUUCUGGACAAAAAAAUGCAGAUCAGUAGCAGUAGCUUAUGUAACAAGAUCACCUCUCCUUCGUUCCUAUCUCACGUAAUAUAG